AUGACGCCUUAUUUGCCGCAGCGGCGCGACAACCGCGCCGCGGUUACUGAUCAGCACUCAAUUACGGCGAUGACGCCCAGAGGAGGUGUAACUCAUUUUGGCGAUGCGAACAUGGCGGAUUUCACUACACCGAGAGGCCAGAAAGUGUUUUACCGACGGAGGUAUUCUGGUAGCAAGCGACGAAUAUGUACGAUCGCCUCGUCGGCCAAAACGUCCAGGGAAAACAUCGCCUGUGCUGGCCUGGAUAUUUUAGCGGUUUAUCUGAGUUUCCGCUACUUCGGUGAAUUCACUUGCAACUUCAUCGCAUUUCCGUAUCCCGCUGUUUUAUCCAUCCUAGCCACUGAAUCAGCAGACAAGAAUUGCGAUACGAAACACCUCACCUACUGCACUGUGUUUGCUAUAUGCUCACUGAUAGACUUCAGAUCGCAAGCCAUUAAGCGGUGGUUUCCACACUACUGGCUAUUAAAAUGCGCUUUCUUCCUGUGGCUGUACCGGCCAAGGACAGAUGGCGCUCAGGUGUGCUAUAAGAGGUUGGUCUUGCCUUGCAGCAGGAAGUAACU